GGCGGGUUAAAAGCCAGUAUACAAUAAACCCCAUCAAAAAGAACCCAUCGAAAAAAAGAGAAAGUCAAACCACCGUUUGACCGUCGUCGUGAUCGUUAGCUUUAUAUAGAUUCCGGAGGUUAUUAUGGAAGACGAACUUGAAGAUUGUCCUGCAAUUAAAGCACUUGGCCCCCUCUUUAACCUCACUCAAGUCCACUUUUGGGUUGAUAUAUAUACAGGAAUGCCAUAUAGGUCUACUUCUUUUGACUGUCCUAAAUCAGUGAAGGAUGAAGGCAUAUGCUUAAGCAGGACAGAAAGCAGCUCGUCAACGGUCGAUACUGAAGUAUCCAGGCAUAUGAAUGAACUGGGACUUCCUGUUUCCUUCUGCACAAACAAGGAGAAGCGGCAUGGAAAGGUUAAAGGAAAGAGAAAGGAUGCCCACAAGAAAGUUUUAAAUACUGAUGAAGGAACCACAGAAGAAGUUGCUGAUUCAUUUAAAGUUAAUGAAUGUGAAGUUGAGAUCUGCAGUAUUGUAAAUACUGAGAAGCCUCUGGAAUCUGAUGUGAUUUCACAUUCUCCUUUACCUGAUAAUUGUGAUAUAAUUCAUAGUGUAAGCAAUGAUGAAUUUGGAGAUUGGAUGACUUACUGGGAUGAGUUUUAUGAGAGAAAGUACUAUUACAAUUGUAGAACGCAGGAGUCAACUUGGGAACUGCCUCCUGGCAUGCAAUGCUUGCCUUCUGUUUGUGAGCGAAAUGGUUCAAAAGAGACGGUUCUUAAUUCUUCUGAAAUGGAUGAUAGUGUUACUGCUAUUUUAGAUGAUACCAAAGAGGAAAAUUUGGGUUUUUUGCAACAUGGUGAUGUGUUAUCUGAUAGAUUGAGUUCUGGCAUUGUCCCAGUAGGUUUUAACAAAGUUAGUACUUCAUCAGUUGUAACGUGCUUUGACGUCCAAUCAAAUGAAACCCUUGAGGUAAAUAAAAGCACCGAGCACAGCUCGUUAUUUGAAUUACCCGAUACACUGCAUCCAUCAAGCAGGCCAGCAACUCUAUCUGAUGAUGCAUGCAAUGGACAUGGGACUGGCAAAGAGCAUGAUGGAAAUCUGGAAUAUCCAGCAGGGAAGUUGGAUACUGAGCUUGAUGCUUUCCCUGCUAAAAGGAAAAAGAAAGUGAAACGAACAAGGCGACGUGGGAGAUUAUCUGCUGACAAUAAAGAGCUUGAAUUUGGGGCAUUAACGGAAAAUAUUUCUCCAAUUAUUAGCAAGUAUUGGUGUCAAAGAUACUUGCUUUUCUCUGAAUACGACGGCGGUAUUAAAAUGGACCAAGAAGGUUGGUUUUCAGCUACUCCCGAGUGCAUAGCAAAGCAUCACGCUCUUCGUUGUGGUAGUGGCAUCGUUGUUGACUGCUUCACUGGAGUUGGUGGGAAUGCCAUCCGAUUUGCAUCAAAAAGCACCCAUGUCAUUGCAAUCGAUAUUGAUCCAAAUAAGAUAGAGUAUGCGCAACAUAAUGCAGCCAUUUACGGUGUCGAUGAUCUUAUCGAAUUUAUCGUAGGUGACUGUUUCAUACUGGCACAGAACUUGAAGGCAGAUACCGUGUUCUUGUCUCCUCCUUGGGGAGGACCCGAAUAUGCUAAAGCAAGUCACUUUGACAUCAAUACUAUGCUCAAGCCUCAUGACGGGCAAUUUCUUUUUAAUGUGGCAAAAAGAAUCGCUCCAAGAAUCGUAAUGUUUCUUCCAAGAAAUAUUGACAUCAACCAACUAGCUGAGUUGUCUAUAUCUGCUGAUCCACCAUGGACACUUGAGGUUGAGAAAAACUUUCUAAACGGCAAUUUGAAGGCUAUCACUGCCUACUUCACCGAUCCAUCACUGUGUAAGACAAGCUCAUUGUAGUUGUGAUUGAUAAUAUGUAGACAGUACACUUACAGAUUAUAGAGAAGAACCACAAUGUUUGACCCUAUACAUAGUGACAUAGUGUUGAUUUGGAUUAUAUACUAGUUGCCCAGCCGCCCAGGUCAAGUAAAAUGAAAAAAAAACCCCCAAAAGUUCAACCCGUCGAAUGAGUUGGUCAAAUGAUUGUUCGAAAAUUGAGUUGACUGUUUACAUUUACAACUUCUUAAAUCGUAUUAUUAUCAUAUUCUGUAAUAUAGUGUUAGUAAUACGUUUUUCCGUA